ACUGGUGCCCUGAGCAAGAAGAGGGGAGAGACGGGCACUGAUGUACUGGGAUCCUCACACCCUCCUCGUCCCAUUGAGACAGUCCGGAGCUCAGCAUUGAGCCUAGAGACACCGCCAUGAGCAGCCACUACCAACAGGAGACUUCUGAGAGGCCGGAAUGUAAAAGUAAAUCCCCCACCCUGCUCUCUUCUUACUGUAUAGACAGUAUCCUGGGCAGGAGGAGUCCCUGCAAGAUGAGACUGCUGAGCGCCCACAGCAUUCCUUCCCUGGCACAUCGGCUGGAUCCGGACAAAACUUUGGAAGGGUCCCCUAAGGGCAAUGCUCCAUUUGAAGGGGAUUUGCACCUGCCCCCCAAACUGAGGAGACUGUACGGUCCUGUGGGGGUCGGUGGCAGGAUACAGCUGCAGUCGGUUGCUGAUAACAGAUCUGGGGUGCCUCGUUCAGAAAAGACUGAUCGCAUUUUACUUUUGGGGGGAGCAGCAGGGGAAAAUACUUGGGACAGUCACAGCCUAAAGAUCAGCCAGGCCCCACAGGUCAGCAUCAGUCGCAGCAAGUCGUACAGAGAGAACAGCGCCCCCCUGCUGCUGCGAGAGGAGUCCAGUCCGGAGAGUCUCCUGCAACAGUCGCAGAUGCAAAAUAGCUCCACAACCACCGCCUGCAAUUCUUUACAGGACAGACUCGGGGCCCUUUCUCAGAGUCCCAGGGAUGAAGAAGAUGACGAUGAGGAGGACGAAGAAGAGGAGGAAGAAGAAGAAGAGGAAUCAGUCAAACAACAUAACUCCAGCAACCCCAACAGGGGGCAUCUAAUAGAUCAGCAGCUCCCGCACUUCCAGCAGCAGCAGACACUUCCCGGGUGCGGAACUGACGCGGAGCUGUCGCCUAAGGAGGAGCUGAUGCUGCACUCUUCAGAUGCUGAUGGUAAAGACGGAGAGGAGAGUGUGUGUCUGUCUGCCGGCAGCGACUCCGAGGAGGGAAUGUUAAAGCGCAAGCAGAGGAGGUACCGCACCACCUUUACCAGUUACCAACUGGAGGAGCUGGAGAGGGCCUUCCAGAAAACCCACUACCCUGAUGUCUUCACCAGAGAGGAGCUAGCGAUGCGCCUGGAUCUGACCGAAGCCAGAGUACAGGUUUGGUUCCAGAAUCGCAGGGCGAAGUGGAGAAAGAGGGAAAAGGCAGGAGCUCAGACACACACGUCGGGCCUCCCUUUCCCCGGGCCCUUGUUGGCCGGUCACCCCCUGGGCCCCUACCUGGACGCGAGCCCCUUCCCACCUCACCAUCCUGCACUGGACUCCGCCUGGACUGCUGCAGCCGCCGCGGCCGCCGCUGCCUUCCCCAGUCUGCCUCAUCCACCGCCCGGCUCUGCGGCUCUGCCUCCCGGGGGAUCUCCGCUAGGACUCAGCACGUUCCUCGGAGCAGCAGUGUUUCGGCAUCCAGCCUUCAUCAGCCCGGCCUUCGGCAGACUUUUCUCCACUAUGGCUCCUUUAACCAGUGCUUCCACCGCUGCAGCUCUCCUAAGACAACCCAGCCCUGCAGUGGAAAGUGCGGUGCAAUUGAGUGGGCUCUCCGACCCAGGCACGGCCGCAGCCGACAGACGGGCCUCCAGUAUAGCCGCCCUCAGGCUAAAAGCGAAGGAGCACGCGGCCCAGCUCACACAGCUCAAUAUCAUCCCCGGGAACAACACAGGGAAAGAGGUUUGCUGAGCCGAGGAAGGCCUCCAAC